AUGUGCGCAAGGAAAGGCACAUGCGGUAUAGUUAAGGGGCCGACCUCCAUUAAGGGAUGGGUGAGGAAGUGGUUCUACGCUUCUGGGGAACGGCUUGCAAAGGACGAGUCAAGACGUUCCUUCUUUGACGUUCCCACUAGGUUUGGGAACCUAGUUUCAAUCCGACCAGUCCCCGAGCUUACGCAAGCCUCCUUCGACACGUUGAAAUAUUACAACGAGCAUUUUCCGAGGGGUAGGAAGGUCGGAACCUUGGUGACCGACAAGCUGCUGCUUGAGUCCGGGCUGCUAGAUUACAACCCUGCAGUUCGUCCCAUUGAAUCCUCAAGGCGGAACUCCGAAUUAGCCAUGGUUUGCGGGUUUGCGAGUAACGUGAAACGCAAGUCCAAGGGCCGAGCCCAUGCUCUUGAGGCCACCAAGAGCUUGAAACCUGCCACUUCUGCUGUGAUUCUCCAGAUACGUAACCUUUAUCCCAACUCCGAAGAUGUGUUUCGUAGAGAUGACAGCACAACUAUUCUUCAAGAGCAUAGUGAAACUAUGAGGUGUCCCCAAAAGCAUCGUGAGUGA